AUGCUCGUGAGUGGAUGCCGUGCUUUUUUCAACCAGUUUGAGGACGAUGCUCCUACUGUAGGGAAUGAGGCGACUGACGAGGUGGAGACGAUGGAGGAAAUGGUCGAAGAUGCAGAGGCGAACAAAGACGGGAGAGUUAGGAGGAUCGAGGGGGUGACGGUGGCGCCAGUGCAGAGAAGUGAACGCGAGGACGAGGGGCGGAGAGAUGGAGCCGCGGCAGUAGAAGAAGUGGCACCAACGGUUGCGGAAGUAUCCUACUCCCGGAGAUCCCGAGCCCCUGGUCCGGGAGAAUGGUCGGCUAGAGCAGAUGAACGGGUGAGGAAUGGAGUCCAUCAGCUUAGGUUUUCGAAAUGUGUUAGGAGGUCUGCUUGUCGUGACACGGAGAUGCAGAGAGAAGGGGCGGGGACGUUGGCUGGAAAUUCGGCGCAGGAACGAGUAGCGGAGAUGCAGACGGAGUUGGCGGAGGUAUUCGAGGAAGGCAAGGAGGGUGUAGAAGAUCCGCAGCAACCAAGUGAGGGAAAGGCGGUCGAAGAGGCACGCAGAGCGGGCAUCGACAAGCCAGAUACGUCCCAAGAGGUGCAGCAAAAGGCGGACACAAAGGUGCAGAGGAUCGCGGAGGCAAAUGCACAAAAGAAGGCGGAGGCCCUGCCGCCUCCUCUCAGCGGCCCCGCCGCCUCCUCUCAGCGGCCCCGCCGCCUCCUCUCAGCGGCCCUGGACGUCGCCCUCUCAGCGGCCCCGCCGCCGCGCUUUCAGCGGCCCCGCCGCCUCCUCUCAGCGGCCCCGGACGCCGCCCUCUCAGCGGCCCUCCCGCCGCCUCUUCAGCGGCCCCGCCGCCUCCACUCAGCGGCCCCGGACGCCGCCCUCUCAGCGGCCCUCCCGCCGCCUCUUCAGCGGCCCCGCCACCUCCUCUCAGCGGCCCCGGACGCCGCCCUCUCAACGGCCCUCCCGCCGCCUCUUCAGCGGCCCCGCCGCCUCCUCUCAGCGGCCCCAGACGCCGCCCUCUCAGCAGCCCUCCCGCCGCCUCCUUUGCGGCCCCGCCAGACCGCCCAGCGGCCGAGCCGCCCAACAGCAGAGCAGCCGAGCCGCCCGACCGCCAAGCCGCCCAGCCGCCGAGCCGCCCAGCAGCCGAACCGCCGAGCCGCCGAGCAGCCGAGCCGCCGAGCCGCCCAGCUGCCGAGUCGCCGAGUCGCCCUGCAUCCGAGCCUCCCGAGUCGCCCUGUCCGGGCAAACGGUCUCUCUCUCUUUGACCUCACCUCUGGUGCCUCUCCUGCCCCUGCUGCUGAUGCUGACGCCACUGUUCGCUCACAGUGGGCCACGCGCGAUGCUGCUGCACGUCUUGCUGUGCGUCGCCACCUGCCUACCUCUGAGCGUGCGCACUUUAGCCAGUACAAGAAUGCUCAGACCUUGUACGACGCUGUAGUUGCACGCUACUCCUCCCUUGCUACUGCUGGACUGAGCCGCCUCAUUCUACCGUACCUCUUCCCUGACCUUGCUGCCUUUCCCACAGUCACUGACCUCAUUACGCACCUCCGCACUAGUGACACUCGCUACCGCGCUGCGCUUCCUACUGAGUUCUACGCCAAGAACCCCCCCUCCAUGUUCAUCACCCUCUACUACAUAGUCGCCCGUCUCCCUGACUCCCUCCGCGUAGUCAGGGACCGCUUUCUCUCUGUCUGUCCCACCACUCUCACCGUUGACCUCCUCGAGAAGGCCCUCCUAGCAGCAGAGAAGAGCAUAGUUGCUGUAGGAGCCUCUCGGGGUGAUCCCCGCGCCCCCGUCUUUGAGGGGUGUUCUCCCUCCCCCCUCUUGCCCUCUGUUGCCUCUGCUGCUGUGGCCGACUUCGUUGGUUUCGAGUCGGUCGGCGCUGCGUCUGCCCCUUCGGGGAAGCGCCGCACACGCAAGGGCAAGGGGGGCAAGGGCGCUGGAGGAGCUGGCGGGGGCGCUGGAGGCGGCGGUGGAGGCGGCGGAGGGGGAGGGGGUGGGAGUGGGAGUGGUGGCGGGGGUGGAGGAGCCGGUGGCAGCAGUGGAGGCGGAGGAGGCGGCAGUGGUGGUGGAGGGAGCGGAGGCGGAGGUGGUGGCGGAGGGGGCGGCGGUGGCGGAGGCGGCGGAGGUGGCGGUGGAGCUGGUCGCGGUUCUGCGCAGAGGAGUGGCUCCGGUGGUGGUCCGCGCCAGCAGCAGCAGCGCGGUCGUUACACCCUGUCCCCUCAGCAGCUCCGUGAGUGGUACGCUGCACGCCAGCGGGGUGGGGGUACUGGUCCGUGCGCCUACGUUCUGCGCACAGGCGACCAUGCGGGUGAGCAGUGUGGAGGUGCGCACCCCACCCAGCGCUGCUUGGGCCGCCUGACGGACGCUUGGCGUCACCAGUUCCCUGAGGCCACAGAGAUCCCUCGCUGGGGCGAGCUCUCUAGGGCGGGGGUAGCUAUGUCUGACCUCGACUUUGAUGCUAUUCUUGGUGCUAUGAAUGCUGUGACUAUUAGUGAUGAGGGUGACUGUUACCGGUGUUUUCCGCCCGACCCGGGCAUUGAGACUGCUGCUCUAGGUGCUGGUGAGGCUGCUGCUCUUGGUGCUAGCGAGGCUGCUGCUCUAGGUGCUAGUGCGUCUGCUUCCUCAGGUGCUGGUGAGUCUGCUCUCUCAUGUACUGCGUCGGCUUCGGCCUCCCUCUCCUUCACCCUUGACUCUGGGGCUUCUCGCUCCUUCUUCCGAGACCGCACCACACUCACGCCGCUUGGUCGGCCAGUUGCAGUCUCUCUGGCAGACCCCUCUGGGGGUCCUGUCCUUGCUCACUUCUCCACUGUCCUCCCGUGUCCGGCGGCUCCCUCUCGCACCCUGUCUGGUCUUUACCUCCCCUCGUUCUCUACGAACUUGGUGAGUGGUGCUGACCUACAGGAUGGGGGAGUGCACCAGUUCACUCCUGCGAGCCAGCGGGUGACUCACUGCACUGAGGCUCGUACGGGCCGACACUUGGCCACGUUUACACGUCAGCCGGGGUCGAGCCUGUACACACUGGCCACUGCGUCUCCACCUGUCACUGCGUCUGGUCGGGUAGCUGUGUCGGGCCAGGUGUUUGCUGCAGCGUCCAGGUCUGGUCCUGAGUCUGCCCCCUGCUCGUGUCGUCUCCUGUCUCACGAGACUCUCCUCUGGCACCACCGCCUUGGUCACCCCUCCCUGCCUCGUCUCCGAGGCAUGGCGGCCCGUCUCCUUGUCUCUGGUCUUCCCCGGUCCCUCCCUCCCCUUCCCCCGGGACCUGCCCCUGCCUGUGUCCCCUUUGUCGAGGGGCGGCAGCGGUCUGCCCCUCACUCCUCCUAG